AUGGGCCCAUGGUCCGCUGGCCCGUAUCAUACGGGAUAUUAUGCAUCACGCCCAAAGGAUGUAAUUGCAGCUGAAAAGAAAAAGGCGUCAGCAGAGAAAUUAGCCAAGGCAACCGCCUUGGAAAAUGCUCAAAAGAAGGUCGCUGCAACAGAAGAUGUUAUGGCUGUCGAGCAGAUGGCUCAACGUGCUGGCCCAGGACACCUUGUCAGACCAAAGCCUAAGCCGCACCCAGUGACCAAGGCAGCACCAACUGCAAACCCCGACAAGACGCCUGUUGAGGCAAAAACGGUGUCCCAAAGCACUGACGCCCCAAAGAAGAAAUAUCCAGGCUUGAAACUCACCUUCAAGGAUGGUGUCAACGCCAGUCGAAAGGUGUCCAACAAUGGUACAUCAUCUACAAUGUGUGUUGUACUAAGCGUGGGCAGGGGCAGUGACAGUGGGAAAAAUCGAAGGUCGCUGGGAUUUGAACAAGCCAUAUCGACAGAGGAGGUGGAAGUAGGGAAGUGGGCUAGAAGCGUGGCAUCGAAGUCCCAAUGGAAGCCAUCUGCACCACCAAGUGCACGUGCCAGUGUGAUUGCAAGCAGGGAUGCGGCCGUAUUUGAAGAUGAAAACCUACCUGAAGAUCAUGACGAGAGUGUCACUGUGAGUCGGGGUGGUCAGGGUGUCGUGCAUAUGAUUGAGACUGUUGAUGAUGCCACAAGAGGACGAAAGUGUACCUUGUCCACGACCUUGUUGGAUGACCUCGAACCCGAAGAGCGGCAUGAAAUGGAAGAAGACCAAGAUGCCGACAAACAUAUUCCGGACAAGGAUGAGGAUGUUGACAUGAUGGAUCAGCAGGGUGAUAUUGAGAUGUCAGUUAGCGUCAUGGAUACCACGAUGGACGGUCCAAAAUCCAAGUACAUCAAAACUGAAAAUGGACGUGCGCAACGUACUAUACUCAAUCUGAAGAAAGAAAAGCUGAAGAAUUCUCACUUACCCAGCGCUGCUCAGAAUCUAAGCUUUCAUUCCGUAUUUAUUCCAACGGUCAUGCACUGGGUCGGCAAUAACAGCUAUCCAUGGACCAUCCCCGAUGAGAAACUCUCAGAUGUUCUCGAGGAUAUCUUCAUGGUGGUGUGUAAGCAGCCUGGAGACUUCAGGAAUGAUGAUGGCUGCAAUCUCGCCUUCAACCUCGCCGAGCGUGCACUUAUUUUAGCUCGCGACGACCUGAUUGUGGAAGAUACUUCGGACCACGGGAAACACAAGAUUGCCCUAACUCUCAAUCACUCCACUAACAAAAUGAGUAACACAGGCACUGCUUUUUCCGCGGGUAAUUGGGAGACUGACACACUCGCGUACAUGGAACGAAUUGAGGAGCUGCCCUUCAACCGCAUAAAAGAAAUUGUCAAACGAGCUCAGCCGUACAUGAAGCGUGCUCGCCGCAAGGGUCAAGAUGAAGAGUCUAGUAUUCUCGACGGUCAAAAACGUUUUGAACUCGUUGACGUCCUUAUUUUCACCUUAGCCUACUUGGAUUAUUCUGUGUCUACUGAAAUAAUAGCAACCGCCCCUUAUUUCCUUACUUUAAGGAAAUGA